UUAUUAAUGCAUAUGCGCAGUACUGUUCACAGAUGAAGUAGCAGAUUCCUAUUUGUUUCCUCUGGAAACGACUUUGAAUUAAGAAUAACGAUUUAAUUAUAUUUCAUCACGCAAUGAUCAAAAUUUUGUAAUUGUAGACUAAAAUGAAUAUCUGGAAUACCUUAGCCGAAAGAAAGAACCUAAACGAUUUAACACUAAAAGUGGUUGUUUCCAGUUGGAUCAAUGUUUGCCAUUGUUAGGAAUUUGCGUUAUUAAUGAAAUGGAGACUGAUACACAAACAUGGUUUUUGAUUUUGAUGUGAAAACUUACGUACAAAACUUAAAGGCCACAAAACCACCUUAUGAAUGCCCAGUGAAAGAUUGUGGUCGUGUCUAUAAAAGUUUCUGUGGUAUCCAAUUUCAUUUAUAUAAUUUUGAUCAUGAAAACCCAGAAAAUGUUGUGCCUCCUACUCACUCCAACAAGAAAGCAAAGCGUAAGAAUAAAUGGCACCAUCGGGCUAAUCGAAGGUCGCCAACACCUCCUGAGUUUUUCCGGACUCAAUCCAGAGACACACUAUCUUACGCUGAUGCACAGAGAUUGGUGGAAGUGGACUUAGAAGGAAAGGUUCAUCGCAUCAAUAUUUAUGAGCCUUUGGAAAUUAUCUCACAGGAUGAGAUUGACAACCAGAGCAAUGCUGAGAAGGAAGAAAAAGGUGAAAAAUCACCCCAAAAGGUGAAUAACAAUAAACACCCUGAAAAUCAAAAAUUAAAAAAGGAGGUGAGCAAUGGACAUGUUGCUAUUAAAUUACCAGAAGCCCAAUUCAAAGUUGUUGAAGACUAUGUAAAACCGUCGAAUGUUCGUCCUAGGCCUCUGUCCUAUUAUCGAUACAUUGAGAAAUCAUCAGAGGAAUUGGAUGAAGAAAUAGAAUAUGAUAUGGAUGAAGAGGAUCAUGCUUGGCUAGAAAUUAUUAAUGAGAAAAGACGGAAUGAUAGUCUUCAGAUAAUUACUCAAGAAGUAUUUGAAAUUUUGAUGGAUCGAUUUGAGAAAGAAGCUUUCUUUCAGAGUCAGAGUUCUGGGAAGGAUAACAAUCCGUCUAUUGAUGAAGACGCUGUCUGUUCAAUUUGUAUGGAUGGGGAGUGCCAGAACAGUAAUUACAUUUUGUUUUGUGAUAUGUGUAACCUUGCUGUUCACCAGGAAUGUUAUGGUGUACCGUAUAUUCCUGAGGGCCAGUGGCUCUGCAGGCGUUGUCUUCAAUCACCUUCUAGAGCAGUAGAUUGCUGUCUCUGUCCAAACAAGGGUGGUGCUUUCAAACAAACUGAUGAUGGUAGGUGGGCUCAUGUUGUAUGUGCUCUCUGGAUACCUGAAGUUGGAUUUGCUAAUACUGUAUUCUUAGAACCUAUAGAUAGUAUAGACCAUAUUCCACCUGCCAGAUGGAAACUUACUUGUUACAUUUGCCGACAGCGCGGAACAGGGGCAUGCAUUCAGUGUCAUAAAACUAAUUGUUAUACUGCCUUCCAUGUGACUUGUGCCCAACAAGCAGGCUUAUAUAUGAAAAUUGAACCUGUACGUGAUGUAGUAAACACUGCUGCGCUUGGGGUGCGCAAGACAUCUUAUUGUGACGUGCAUACACCUGCCGACUCGGAAUGUACACCUAUGUUAAGUGAUGAAAACGAUGAAAAAUCACCUACUGCCAAGCAUGCGAAAGCUAAAUCGCGUAUUAAAAUGAGAAAAGCUCGGAAGAUUUUAGCUGAGAAAAGAAAUGCUCUACCUGUAGUGUCCAUACCUACCAUUCCACAACAAAAAAUAACCAAAAUUUCUGGCAUAAUUACUUUACAAAAGAAGCAGCAGUUUUUGGCACGACUCUUAAGUUAUUGGACUUUAAAACGUCAAUCUAGGAAUGGUGUUCCACUUCUGCGAAGACUUCAGUCCAAUCAUAUGACUCGGAAUAAGGAACAAACAAAGAAUGAUAAGCAAAGCAAUGCUUUACGAGCACAACUGAAAUAUUGGCAGAGGCUUCGGCAGGAUCUUGAAAAAGCUCGUCUGCUGGUGGAACUCAUUAGGAAACGAGAAAAGCUGAAAAGAGAACAGAUAAGAGUACAUCAAUUAGCCACAGAAAUGCAGUUGCAGCCUUUUGUUAUUUUCUUAAGACAUGCACUAGAUCAAAUUCAAGAGAAAGAUGUGGGAAACAUUUUUGCUGAGCCUGUAUCUCCAAAUGAGGUCCCAGACUACUUGGAAUACAUUGAACACCCCAUGGAUUUCUCGACAAUUAGGAAGAAAGUCGAUGGCCACAUUUACAAAACCAUUGAUGAAUUUCAAGCAGACUUUGAACUUAUGAUAAAGAAUUGCUUAACAUAUAAUGCUAAGGACACAGUCUUUUAUAGAGCUGCUGUGCGGCUUCGAGAUCAGGGGGGAUCCAUAGUGAGAGCUUGCAAACGAACAAUUGAGAAAGUCGGUUAUGAUCCUGAAACAGGAUUACACUUAACUGAAGCUCCAAAGUCUCAAGAUAAACAACCUGUUGUUUUAGAGAAAGACUUUGACAGUUUUCUACAAGAUGUUAAGGAAGACAUGCCACUGAAAGAGCAAUUAAGUUUGCUGCUGGACAGAAUGGACAUGACAAACAGCAUACCUCACGGCGGCAAGCGCUCUAAAUUUGCAAAGAGAAUUAAAAAAGAGAUAAUAAAAGUGCGGCGAAGACUCGCUCUACAAAGAAAUAUUUGUUCCAGUGAGAAUGAAGAUCCUGCUCAGGGAACUGAACCUUCAUCAGAAGGACUCUCAGCAAGUUCUGAAAGUGGCCCUGUAUUAUCAGUUAAGCAAACUUCCCAAACAUGUUUACGAUCAGACUCAUCAUCUUCCAUGGCAACAGUAUCUGCCCCACCCUCAUCCAAGCCCACCUCACCUCCUCUGGUCAAAUCGCCUGCAUCAUCUCCUACAUCAGCUGCAACUACUGCAUCAGAAAAGACUUCCUCAGUGCCAUUGAAACCUACUAAGCCUACAGCAGGUCGUCGGGGCCGAGGCAGAUUACGGGCACGUAGCAGCCGUAGUGAAUCUGAAAGUGAUGUAUGUUCUUCCCGGCGGGAGUUAGGAGGGGACGCUAAAACUUCUAAUGACACUUCUCAAACUGUUGCCACUUCUGCCCAGUGUUGUGAAUCUAAGGCUUCACCAACUCCUGUUACUCCACCAAAUCCAACUGCCCAUGCUCCUAUUGCUGGAGUCAACCGACGGACUGCAGUGCUCUUCACUAAGAAGUUAAAUAAAACAAUGACUCCUUCAGCAGUGAGCACGCCACAGCGUAAGGGCCGUCCUCCUCGCCUUAAAAGCCAGCUAGAUCUUCCAGACAAUUGUAGCACCCAAACAUUUCCAGGACCAAAUAGCAAAGGAACUGGUGGUAGUGGUAGCAGUGGCAGUGGUGGCAGCAGGGGUGGUAGUUCCAGUAGUAGUGGAAAUGUAAGUAGUGUCACUAGCAGCAACAAUAACAGCAGCAGUAACAACAACACCAACACCAACACCACUAAAGCUAGUAGUGGUGUCACCAGCCCGGUUUCUGCAAGCAGUGGACGAAAAAGAGCAGCUUGUUCUACUAACAUAGGGAACCUAAAUGUUCGUGACAUCCAGCCAACACCACCCAAACGAGGAGCUGUGUCUGUGGCCUCUGAUCCUGCACACUCUAAUAUGUCAAAUUCGGGUGAUUCCACUUCAAACCUUUUGCCAAAAAACAGCUUUACUCAGUACCGAAUUGAUCCAACAAACAGUUUUUCAGAAUCGGACAGCACAUCGGACAUCAGCAGCAGUGAUGAGUCUUUGUCUGACAGUUCUAGUGGGCAAUCAAGUAGCCAGAGUAGAUCAGCACGUGCUCAUCGAAGCACAAGUUGUGAUUCUGAUGACAUCAUUCCGUUAGAGCCGCUUGAUUUAGUGUGGGCCAAAUGUCGAGGUUAUCCCUGGUAUCCAGCACUGAUAAUUAAUCCCAAAAUGCCAAAGACUGGUUAUUUUCACAAUGGAGUUCCAAUUCCAGUACCUCCAGAUGAAGUUUUGGCUUUACAAAAGAAAUAUGAUGAACCAGUUUACUUAGUGUUGUUCUUUGAUACUAAAAGAACUUGGCAAUGGUUACCAAGAAAUAAGCUUGAACCUCUUGGUGUUGACUCAGGUUUGGACAAGGCCAAACUAACGGAAAAUAGGAAGCCAAAUGUUCGCAAAGCUGUUAGAAAAGCAUAUGAAAAAGCAAUUCUUCAUCGUUGUAGUGUGACUGGUGAUCCUAAUCCGUUGUCUGGGGAUUCCAGUACUGAAGACUAACAAGAUAUCGGACUAAUAAUAUAGCUUCCCUAUAAUAAUAAACUGGCUUAUAUGGCCAAAGGGCUGUUUAUUUUAAUAUUGCAAUUUUGGGAGCUAUCUUUACUGACCAUCCACAUGGCUGCUAUAUGUAAGGUCUUAAUUUAUAACUAGCCACCUUCUGUUGUCACUCUCUUCUCACCAUUUCUUUCCCCCCCCUCCUCCUUUUUUUUUUCUUUCUAAAGUUUCAUUCCUUUUUUAUUUUUUUCUCUCUCUCACCUAUUCUUUUCAAAUAGCACAGAUGCUGUCUGCUGUCUGAAUAGUUAUGAGAGUUAACAGAAGUCGCAGUGAAUAUUGUUUUAUAAAUAUUUGAGAAAUAUUGUAAAUAUUUUUCCAUGUAGUCCAUUAUAUCAAUUGUUCAUCGCCAUCUCAUCAAUGAGUGCUCGGUUAAAUGUUUAUCCUGUUGGUCUUACAUAAAUGGCCCAAACGUUUUCUGCUUCUUGACAUCUGCUCAUCUUAUCUGCUAUUUUUCUUUUAGUUUUUCACUUGCAUACACAUACAUUUUACCUUUAUAAACAUACACACACGUACAUAUAUACUCUAGAGUUCCUUAGUUUCUUUUAGCCAUCAUGUCUAAGGCCAUACUGUGGUUAUAAUUGUGUGUGUGUGUGUAUGCAUAGUGUGUAUACAUGUUUGUGUAUGAAUCUGUAUGUAUUAAUGUGUGUUUGUAUGUGUGUCUGAAUUUAUGCAUGUUUGUAUAUAUGAUGAUGGUAUAUGUAUAUAUAUAUGUGUGUGUAUUGUAUAUUUCUAUACAUAUAUGGGUAUAUGUAUAUAAAUAUAUAUUAAUAUAUAUAUUAUUACACAUAAAUAUAUACACGCACACGUGUGUAUAUUUAGGUGUGUGUAAGUGUGUGUAUUUUGUAAUGGAAAUUUAUAUUGUGCAUUUAGUUUUAAAAUGCCUUCUCUAAAGACAAAGUUCUUGGUGAUUAUAAGUGGGAUGGGAACUGGGUGCUGUAUAACAUCAUGGACAAUAUAUUAUAUUUUAAGACUUUGUUUGGAGAAAGCAAAGGAUUUUGAUGCUUGUUAAGAAUUUGUUGUUAUCAAGCAUCAUAUUGUUAAAUUUGACUUUACAAUGGAUUUUAUUUCUGGUUGCUGCUAACAUUUUCUUGCAACACGUACGUAGGAAGUACUUUUGUAUUUCAUUGCAUUUGUUUUUGUACAAAGCACUUAGUAUGUUUCCUAAUCAGACCAAAGAAGCAUGUUGAGGUUUCUGAUCAAUGGGUGGAUGUUGUUUGUGUGUGGGUGGUUGAUAUCAUUUUGAAAGGAUUGAACAAUUUGAAACUCUUUGCAGUAGUGGAAUUAAAUGUGAAUCACUGGCUUGAAUGUUCAUCACAACUGUUCUUAAGGGUACCAUAGAGAAGACUGAGCUUUUCCCCUCAACCAUAGCAUUGUCAUAGUGGAAACUGACCAUCAUUUUACCUAGAGAUUCAUAUACAAUAUUUACUGAUAAAUUGGCAUUUUUGGGGACAUAUUUUAAAUUAUUUUUUAUUGUCAUAUAUUAAUGAAAAGAAACCAAAAGAGAGAAUAAAAUUAGUUUGAAAAAUCUUUUAUUUUCUUGAUAUGAUAUAAAUUAAUUUUUUAAAAUUCUUGAUCUUUUUUUUUUUUAAAAUUCCCUCUUGGUUUCAUAAAAAAUAUUAUUUGGUUUUUGCCAGUAUCUAUCUGUCUGUUCAUCAAAGUUCGAAAAUAUUUUCUGAUGCAGCUCAUUUAAUCACCUCAUUUUAUUUGAAAGCAGGGGCUAGACUCCCACCCCUUUCCUUCCUUUUUGGCAUCAGAUUUGUCACUCUUUCGGCAUAAUUCUUCUGUGCUUCUACUUCUGUAGUUUGUCUUAGUCAUUAUUUACUUUAUCUCCUCACAAUCUGCCUAUAUACACAUAACUUGAUCAUUUCUUUCUACUGCCUAUGUCCUCUGUAAACCCAGCAGCGAUCUCUAAUCUCCAAGGUUAGAUAUAAUGGUGUCAGUUACCUCAGCCAUUAACUGGUCAUGAAGCUUUUCACGGGUAUUUUCGUGCAUUUUUACAUGAUAUUCACCUUCACUCUUUAUCUAUUUUCCAUUAAUUCUUAAUCUGUUCCUUUCUAACUAUCCAUUUCUCUCUGAUUAUUCUACUGCUGUCCUAUCUGAAUCUCCAACCUUUCUGGUUCUCUGCAUUUUUCAUUUAAUUCUUUCUCUAAUUUUUCUCGCUCUAAAAACUCCAUUGUUUUCUUUAAAAAAAGGUAGACAUUAUUACUUUCUGUAAUCUAGGCCUGAACUGUGGCUCUACUGAAUAUUCCAGCAUGUGCUUUUGCUGGAGGUAUAAGCACAAUAGAAAUCUUGUCUAAGCAUUUCUGUAAAAAAAUUGCUUUAAGGUAUUUUCAUAAUGUAAUCACAUUUUAGUUUUUCAUUUUAGAAUGUCAUGAAUGAUUUUGUAAAUCCAGACAUUUGCAUAGAUUAUAAUUUCAAGAGCAUAAUGUAAUGUCUACAACAGGAUUUUAUAUUAUUUCUUCAGAAUUUGAUCCAUUCAGCUUUGUCCAUUCUCCACAAGUUAUAACAUUAUAUUCAUUAAAAAUGUUAUUUCAUCAGAAUUAUGUCUGCUCAACCAAUCGAUGUUAAAGUGUUUUUUGGAGCAUGAUCAUUUAAUCAGUGUAAAGUAUGGACUAUUCUUUGUGUUACUUAGUAAGUAGCUUAUAUUUGUAAACUGGAUUCUUCCACUUUCUGUCUCUUUAUCAAAAGAUUAGGUUUUCAAUUAUUUCACUAAAACCAUGGCUAUUAUCACUGACACUGUUUUGAUCCUAUUCUUGCAGAUUAACUUGUUCAAAAAGAUAAGUAACGUUGAAUUGAAUUUUUUUUAAUAUGUAUUCCAAUAAGAGAAAGUUUAUUUCGUUUCUUUUCAUAACACAAAUCGCUUUUCUAUUUACCCUCCCCCCUUUUUUUUAUAUAUAUAUUUUUGGGGGCCAAAAUCAAAAUUUUUAAAGCUUGCAUUUAUGAAUAUGAGGUUAAGUAAUGAGUUUUUCAUUGUGUUAAACAAUGUUCAUUGAACACCAUGAAAAAAAAUAAAAUUUAAACAUCUUCAAUCAUUUAAUUCUAUAGAUGUAUUGUGGAUAUGUGUAAUGAUCAUUAAUAUUUGUGUGUGUGUGUGUGUGUGUGUGUGUGUCCCCCUCAUCCAUACUUUUAUAUAAAAUCAUCUGAAUUUUGAUAUCAAUAUGAGUUGGAUGGUUCUCAUAAUUUAGAAAUUAGAAGCUUUCUUUGCUGAGUGUAACAAAAUAAGUAUUUGUGUCUAAGAAUGUGUAAUUCCAUGCAUUUGGUUCUUUGUAAACUAAUAACACUACAUUCUAUAAAAUUGAUUUCAUUUUAAUUAAGUUUUGUCUUUUACUUCUUUAAUUACUUAUUUAUAUUUUUUAAAAAAUCUUUGAGUUGUUGCAGUAAGGGUUAAGCAAUUGGAGAUAAGUUUUAGUGUUUUCUACAUGCACUAAAUUAUAUAUCAUUCAUUGCACUGGAAAACUGAAGUUUUAUUUAAUAUAUAAAUUUUAAAAAGAAAAUACAUGGUAUUUCAAUGUUGCUGUUUUCUAAACAUAAAAUCAUUUUUAGUUUUCUUCAUUGCUGUGUUGUAUUUGUAAUCAAUGGACCAUUUGUAAAGGUAUUUAUUCCAUACCUUGUUGUUUAAGUUCCUCUAUGCAGUUUGUUUUGAGUCUACAAUUAUUUGGUGCUGUUCAACGAUUUACUGCUGUCUGUGUUUGCAUUUCAUUAUACAAAUUUUUUUCAUUUGAUUAGGCUUGUUUAGUUUUCUUUUUUAGUAUUAGAGUGUGCUCAUGCAGAUGGUAUGUUCUUGUUACAAAAUGGCUGUUUGUAUAAGUUUUCAGUAAAUAGUUGGUGCCUUAUAGACAAUAUCCAUUAUUGCUUUUGGUUCCUUCUGGAAUUCACUUACCUGUUUGUUGCAGUUGUGUCAAACUUUUUUGUAGAAAGAAAUCACAUUCUGCAUUUAACAGACAUUCAGGUAUAAUAGUGUUUCUUUUCCAACUUCUAUUUUAUUUACAUUCCAAAGUUGUUUUUUUAUAUAUAUUUUUUCUUCAUUCAAACAAUGGUACUUGCAUCAUUGAGAAAUAGUUUUAGUUUUUCUGUACUGGAUUAUUUUAAAGGGAUAUCGCUUUCCAGCAAUCUACACAUUUUAGAUGAAAUAUUUCUUGUUAGUCUAUCUCUUGUGGCAUUCAAGUUGUAAAAUUAUUGUCUAUGGAAUGAUCAGAAAGUUCUGGACAUUAUAGAGAUUGUUUAACAAUUUGGAAGUUUGAUUAUAACAUGCAUUUUUAGUAAACCUCCCUAAAUAUAUUAUUGGUUUGUUUUACUAAUAAAAUUGUUUUGUGGUUCUGGCAAUAUUUCUUUUAAGUUUUGUCUUUGAGAGAGAAUGUGAUGUUACUUCAAUUUGUGGUCUCUCUAAAGAUUUCAUAACAAAAUGUUGCAGAAGGUUUAAAUUUUCAUGUUGUUGUCAUAAGUCUUCUGAAGAAAUAGUAUGGUUACUUCUACGGUCAUUAUAUGUUUCACUAUAAAACUAUUCUUAAUCAGUUGUUCAUUUUUAAACCUUGUUUGUGUGUGGAGAUGGUUGUAUUGGCAGAAACAAAUUCGAUGUAAAUAAGGUUUUUAUAGGAAGCUUAUCUCAGUUGUGUAGUCAGCUAUGUCUUUAGCCAUAGAUAACUUUGUGAAUCACUGCUGUUUUGGUACUCCAGCAUAUUUAGACAUUCCUCUUUUUUCUUUUUAUUAUGUAUAUUGCAUUCUUAAAAGAUCUCUGUGGAAGUUAUCACUUAAAAUAAUCUUAUUUAAUCAACUGGUAAAUUAGUAGUUAGAAAAUGGUAAGUUUUCUUAACUUUUAUUUCAUUUUAGAACCAAACUUACCAAUGCAUCUAAGUCAUAUGUUGUGUUUCAUAAUUGUUCUUGUUGAAUUGUUAUAUUUCUGAUUUGUGGAUAGAGUGGGGAAAAAAGAACAUGGCCUCUAGUUGUGAUUAUCAAUCUAAGACAUUAAGCUACCAAUAGAAUUUACAGAAAUGCCAUGCCAACUAGAAUGGAGUUACUGUUAUUCAAUUGAUAUUUUGUAGACUAGACAAUUUUAACUGUAUUUUGAGAUGCUUCCAAAUUCAUCGUUUGUGUGUGAUUACAAAGACACACUCGCGCGCGCACACACACACACACACAUACACACACACGUAAUAUUUAUAUCAUAUAUGUAUACACAUAUAUACAUGUCUGUGUGUGUAUAUAUACACAUACAUGUGUGUGUGUGUGUGUGUAUGUCAUAUAAACAUGUGUGUAUGUAUAUAUGUAUGUAUGUGUAUGUAUGUAGGCCACAUAUCUCUCUUCUUUCAACCUUUCCUUUAAUACUUCUGCCAAUAGAGGGAGUGAUUGUUUUUUUUUUUUUGUUGUUUUUUUACACUUGCAGGAACAAAAACAUCAUUGUUUUUGUUUACUUCUAUUUGUUAUUUUAUAACCGGCGAAAAAUUUGACACAUUCUUUACUACCUCUAUCUUUAUCUUUAUAUUCUGUUGGAUAAAACUUUAUAGAGGACAGGUGUGAAGGGCAGUGGAAAUCAGGGAGCUGAAGCAAAACUCCUUGCUGGCAAGAUUAUUUUCUCUGGACUCAAGAUGGUCUUUGUAAACAUUUAUAGCUAAUGACCUGGCUAUGAUCUCAUCUAACGUCAAUCUUUAUUCAUCAGCCAAGAGCUGGUGGCAGUUUUCAUUGAACAUUUUGCUUAAUAAAUCCUUUUUUGACAACUAUUUCAUCGUUUUUUUUUUUCUUUAGGAAUCGGUUUUUUUUUUCAUUUUCUUUUUUUUUUUUUGCCCUCUUUGUCUUUUGUCUGAUAAGUCUCUCUUUGACUACUUACUUCUCUCCCCCACUUCAUCGUGCUACUCUCUUCUUGAUUCAGACACCUGGUUGGUUUCCCAAUCACUUAGUCAAGUAAUAAAGCAAUGUUUGUAAUAAAUGAACAUUUUUAAAACA